AUGCACCGCGCUCUGGACGCUCUUUUGUUGCCGGAAACGCAUCUGGGAGAAUGCAGUCACAUCCCGAUGUUGAGAGGUUGGAAAAUGAAGAUGUGUCUCAGAGAGACCAUUUACUGGGAAAAGAUCUCACCAGUCUCCCUGGCCUGGGUGCUGAACAACUUUUUAAUGGCUCUACAGCUGCUUCAAGGUUCCUACAGGCGGAAUUGGAACUGAAUGCACGGUUACGGACACUGUCCUUUGGGAAACCAGUGCGAUACACAUACAACCCCCUUGAAUAUGCCUGGGACACACAUCAAUGUUAUGUGGAGAAAUACUGUCAGGAAGGGCAGAGUGUUCUCUUUCUGGGCAUGAACCCAGGGCCUUUUGGCAUGGCACAAACAGGGGUUCCAUUUGGUGAGGUGAAAGCAGUUCGCAAUUGGUUGAAGAUCACUGGAGUCGUUGGGCGUCCAGCAGAGGAGCACCCUAAGCGGCGGAUCACAGGCCUCGACUGCACUCAGAGUGAAGUGAGCGGAGCCCGUUUUUGGGGCUUUUUCCAAGAGCUCUGCGGUGAAACUCACAACUUCUUCCGCCACUGUUUUGUCCACAACUUGUGCCCUCUAAUCUUCAUGAGUGAGUCUGGCAAGAACCUAACCCCGCCUGAACUUCCGGCUGCGGAGCGUGAUGCCCUUUUGUCCUGUUGUGACAGCGCUCUUUGUCAGGUAGUCACUGUACUGGGUGUCUCCAUGGUGAUCGGAGUGGGCAAGCUAGCCGAGCAACGCGCUCGACGGGCUCUAUUGGAAGCAGGCAUCACAGUAAGAGUGGAGGGUAUUAUGCAUCCGUCCCCUAGAAACCCACUGGCUAAUAAAGGUUGGGCUAGCAUAGCCAGAGACAAACUAGGUAAUCUGGGGGUUUUACAUUUGCUUACCAGAUAAUGAUGAUAAUGACAAAUACUACCUCUGCAUUUUUUACCCGGUAAUAAUUUUAAACCUUAUAAUUGCCAUUAUGAGUGACUUAAUGAAAUGAGACUGAUGAAAGUAAGAAGUAAUGUUUAAGAUAACAGAUGCUAUGACCAUUAAUGGAGCAUUUAAUCACACAUUAAUUAUUUUUAUUUUCUUUUAUGUGUAAUAUUUAUCAGUGCAUGUAUAUAUGUGUACAGAACCUUUGAUGGCCAUUUUAAGCUCUUUUGUAUAUCAAGACGUAAAGGUGCAUGAAUAUGUGGUAAGUGUGGUCUUUUUUUUCCUUUUUUUUUUUUUUUUAAUCUUAAAUGUAUUUUUUAUAUUGUUUGUUACUGCAUAUUUCAUUUGUGGAGCUAGGAAAAAAAAUACUGUAGAUGUUACUCUAUGUUAGUCUUUGAUUAUAAUACACUAACUUACCCAGAGUGAGCUUAGGAGGUUGCUAAUAUACCUUGAGUUCAAUGUUAUUUUUGUUGUUGAGUGGAGUGUUUUUUUUUUUUUUUUUUAUGUGUUAAACCUCAAUGUUGAGUCAAUGUAUGGGUGAUGGCAAUAAAUUCUACCUCAUGUUA